UAAUUGAUUUGUCGUGUUUUACAUGUACUUUCGAUAAUUUUUGAGACAAAACUUAUAUUCACACUGUGCUAGAGGUUACUUAACUAGGGAAUUCCCCAGAAAAUUUCCCUCCGUCCUGCGUGUGUGUGGGUGUUCUGGGAUAGGCUUUGAGGAGCGGACUUUCAGUAUGGAGCCUGAGCACUGAGGUCUGAAGAUCCGUUCCGACAGGGCAACCUGUGAAGGACGGCAUGUUAGACUCGAGCUCACGCGCAAGGUAUCACAGCCCAAACACUUUCAGGAACCCCGAGCGGAGGGUGAGAGAUGGAAGCACCCCUCCUCAGUGUCUCCUUGAAUUUUCUGAUGAUAGAAAUCGAGCAACCUGCUUUUGACGCAGGGAUUAUUCACCUGAUACUGCCCGUCCAGACUACACGUAUGUGGGAAGGAGAUGAUGACAUCGACGGUGAAAAUACAAAAUCAAUUCCAACCUUGCCCAGUCUACCUGAGUUUGACAAGAUUUUAUCUGAUGACGUUCCUAGGCGUCGUCGACGAUCAAGAUCUCCAAAGAAGGUGCAAAAAGUAGCUUCUGGGUCUAAAUCUGUGCAUAAAGUUAAAAAACAUCGACCACUUCUCCCCAAACCAGCGGAGACAACAACCUCAUUAUCAACUAGUCACUCUCCAUCCAUUUUUUCUUUGGAAUCUUCAGAUAUAUUUGACAUAUCUGAUUUGGAAUUCGAUACAGAACUCACAUCAAUAUCAAUACCUCAUGAGCUUUCUGACCUGUAUGGUGAGCUCCCGGAUCCCCAGCCCGGCACAAGUCUACAAGAUGUAACUGUUUUCAGAGAAGUCAAAGAGUCAAAGCCAGAGCAGGAGGAAGAUCCAGGCCCAAGUAGCUCAAGCUUUAGUAGGGACAUUCCCAGUGAUAUUCCUCGAAUAUUGGACCUCGCAUCAUCCUCCUCAGAGGAAUCCCCUGUUUUUGAGCGAUCUUCAGACGAGGUUGUUAAGGAUUUUGUACACGGAGAAGAACAGGAAGAACGCCAAGAGCCAGGCCCAAGUAGCUCAAGCUUUGGCAAGAAAAGACCCAGUUACAUACCUCUUACUUUUGACGUCUCUUCAUCGGAGACAGAGGCAUCUCCUGGAUUUGGGAGAACGUCGGAUGAGGUCGUGAAGGUUUUCGUGUACGAGGAAGACCAAGAGGUAAAGCAAGCCGCUGCUGAAUCUGAAAAGUCUCAAUCAGUUUUGCCGUUGAUUAAAGAAGAACUGAGGACCAGGAUUCAACUGAAACGACUUAUAUCCGGGGAUGGAGACACAGAACCCGAUAUUAGAAAACCUUAUCAGAUGACAUUAGAUGAACUGAAAAAGCGAGAGAGAAAGAAGGAACAGAACAGAAGGGCCGCUCUGCGAUCAAGACUGAAACAAACAACUCAAGAGAGCGAGAUCAUACAGAGACACAGUGAUCAGCUGAUACAGAAUGAGGAACUGGAAAAACAAAAAGAAGAAUUGAAAAAAGAACGAAAUCUUUUGAUCAAGUAUCUUGAGCAUCAUUUCAGUACUGGAUGUGAGCUGCCUCGUUGUGCCACAGAUGUGGAACAACUCCAAAAUAUCCUCAAGGGUUUACAUCAACAACGACGUUGAUGGCGUCUCCAGCAAAUAAUUAUGUUCAAAUCUUUACAUUCAAGUCCAACCAUGAACGUAGAUACCUUCCGCUAUGUUUCACGUUUUUCACAUGAAUGUCUUUAUUCUAAAGUAGGUGUCUUAACUUCGAAUUUUGUGCGCAGUUUAAGUAAUAAUACCGGUAUUUAUGAAACAGGAGAUAGAUAUAUAUUUUACACGUGUAAUGCUGUAGGAACUGUAUUACACGAAAUUUGUUUUCUGAAGAAACCAUUCAUACGUAUCUUACUAGUGUAAUGAUGAAAAAACUGCAUAGCACUGUAAAGAUUUGUAAUCUUAAAAUAUAUGUUUUCAGCGUGAGUGCUGAACAGAAUGCCAUUCUCAGGGAUAACGGUAUGAAUCAAUUUUCACCAAUUUUAUAAACAGACAAAGAAGAAUGUUCCAAAUGAAGUCGACUUGGAUUCUAAAAGGUUCAAGAGACCAGAAGCAGAACGAAGACAAGGAUAAAGGGGGCGAUGAGAAGAGGGCAAAUCCCGGUCAUGGGAGCCCAGUCGCGAGUUACUUUAUCCUGCAACUGCAACUACCAAUUCUUCAACUACAUCAGAUACCAGAUAGCAGGGCAGUUUUAAUGGGCUGUCCAGGGUCUCGACAACAACAGAAGAGGGCCACCAGAAGGAACAACAGAGGCUUCCUGAGUUCAGCCGUCAGAGGGACUGACCAUUUACUUGUCAGGGACUGGGAGGGCAUGCAGCAGGAAAGACUUUUAGGCCUGGGGACAAAUUAUUUUCCAGUCAUUUCAUUCCAGAUUAUCAAAUGGUCAGCUGCCUUGACUUCAUCUUGGUAUCCAUGGUAUAGUUAUAAUGUUACAAUUAUUUGUCAAACGAUGACUACAUGUAUAACAUGAUUGCCAUAUGGCUGAUGUACAUGUACUGCAUUUUGUCCGAAUAGUUAUUUCAAAUGAUAUCUGAUAAGACGGGUUUAUUUCCAUAAGUAUAUACAUACAUGAUCUGCAGGUGUUUGAAGGAUUGUCUUGUCAAGGCUGCAGGUUAUAGGCUGCCGUCGUAUGGCGUUGUGUGUCGAUGGCAAAAGAGGCUUACCUUUAUGCAGUUUUGGGUUCCCCUUUCGCGAACACAUGGUGUCAGUAAUUUUCAAAAAUCAAUUCAUAUUGUUUUCAACACACGUUUUGACCCGUGAAGAUCCGGGUUAGAAUUGAUCUUCAGUCACCCGUAAGAGGCGACUGACGGGAUCGGGUGGUCAGGCUCGCUGACUUGGUUGACACAUGUCUUCGUAUCCCAAUUGCCUAGAUCGAUGCGCAUGCUGUUGAUCACUGGAUUGUCUGGUCCAGACUCGAUUAUUCCUGAGUGCUGUGUAAAACUUAACUCACUCACUCAAUACACUUUUGCCUUUUAGACCAAGUGGGAUCUGUUUCGGUUGGUAACAGAAACUUAUUGUUCUCCGGAUUCGUCGUAUUAUACUCAGAGAUGGAGCCAUCGUGCGAUAAAGAACUGUAUCAAAUAAGCCUUUGUUACUCAUAAUACAGAAUGCCACUGUAAGUUAUAGUGUUUCUUUAUGUCAUACACUACUCGUUCAAAUGAACAGCUGAUUAAAAAUUCGUUCAUGUUCAACUGAUGAAUAUGAACAAGAAACAUCACGAAGGCUUGGCAAUGGCUAGUUUUAGUUGAAAGCUUCUGGUUUGAUUUGGACAUAGUUCCAGCAGCAUCCUGGAUGGUACCUUGGAUGAUGUGGAUGCGGAUCUUCUUGAAUAGUAUUGUUUGGUAUUGGGAUGUAUAUGGGAAUUUGGCAAUGGAUCUUUAUAUAAUCAUAUAUAUUGGUCUAUUGGUGAUUUGGUCAACUUCAUCGUAGAAAACAGUACCUUCAUUUAAAACACAUGAUAGAAACAUGGUCGCAUAUAAACCACAACGUAGUAAUACCCUUUCAUGCCAUUUUUCUUUACACAAAUAUUUAAUAAAAUAUUUCAAUAUUAUUUUAAUAAUAUUGAUUAUAUAUCUUUAAUCAUUACACAAUUAAAUAUAUAUAAUCAAAUAUUACACAAUGAAAGGUAUAUAAUUCAAUAUAAUUUUGUAAUGGUAUUUUUAAAAUUAUCUUGUAUAAAAUGUUACUAUUAGAGUAAGCAAUAUUAGUGCAUGAUUCGAUCCAUGUUACGAAGACAAUAUUCGUAUCAAGUUGUUUAUGUGAAGGUAAUAUCUUCGAAAGGGGCGCCCUGUGUGAAGUGUGUUAUUUGAUAAAGGAUAAUGCAUCAACAUCGUGCAACACCCAUAUUGUUGCUGAAGUUCUAAACCCCAGUUCUCUUCCCUUUCUGUCCCACGUAAUAACAUUGGCGCUAUUGUUUUGUAAAUCAGGUAGUAUCAUUUGAGUCUCCAAAUAAAAGAACAUAUGUUGUUGUGGCCUGUUAGCACGAAACAAUAUGUCUCAGGAGUAAACAGAGGAACUUUAUUGUAUUGGUAAAUUCAUUUUCUUGAUGUUUGUUCAUUGUGUUGUGUGUGUUCUUUGAUUUCACAUACAUUAAAGUUUGAGUCCAGGUAAGGAAAAUUAAGAAAGUGUUCGAAUUGACGGUAUCCUCUUAAAGAAUGUUAUGCAGAGCCUUUGGAUUGUCAUUUUUCUUAGUUUUACCAAGUUCCAAACUUAAUAACGACAUGAGUUAUUUUACAGACUGACUGAUUCUACAAACAUGCUCACGAACUGGGAUAAUAUGCAUGUAAAAGGAAAUAUGUAUGGUAGAAACGAUAGUACAAAGCGGUAAAAUCUCAAUUUAACUCAUUUAAUAACUAAUUUAUAACUCAUUAUAAUAUUCUAACCUGUGUUUGUGUUUUACCUCGGGUACUUCAACUUUUCUAUUUAGACUGUAACAUACUUUUACAAAUUAAUUUCAAUUGAUAACUUUCCUUAAGUUAGUCAAAAGGCGUUAUUGCCAAUUGUAUUCUAUUCACAAUAAAAGAAUAAUUCUUAUCGAGCUAGUAAUGGAAGAAACGGAUGGAUUUUCAAAUAAUAAUUGAUGUCAGGUUGGUCAAGGUAUGUGGUAGGAGGGGUGAUAAUACCACUCUUCAAUGUUCUUCUACCAGCCAUACGAUAGAUAAUGGACGUAUGGACAGUGCUCAGUAAGUGCAACAUCAUAUUUGGUUUUCUGGUUUAGGGCUGUUUGGUUUUCUGGUUUGAUAUUGACAACAUUCUAACGUUUAAUAUCUGGUUCGAAAGUUAGUUCGAAAUGUAGGUUAAAAAUGACAAAAUGUUCUACUGAGCUGUUUUCAUAAUAGAGUAGGGUGUCAGGAAGCAGGUUUGUGGGUGGUUAUUACAAGGUUCAUUUGUUAUAGUUCUUGUAGUCUUAAUAGUAUGUUUUGGAAGAUUUUAGUUCGAAAUGCAGGUUAAAAAUAGCAAAAUGUUUUAUCAUUUUCAUAAUAGUGUAGGAACUCGGGAAGCAGGUUUGUGGGUGGUUAUCGCAAGGAUCCAUGCGUUAUAUUUCUUUUUGUCUUAAUAGUAUGUUUUGUCACAGGAACGGAUUUGAUGUUGAAUCGGUGGGAAUAUAGUCUUUCAAUAUUUGCAUGAUCAAAUACAUUCGAAUUUAUACAAAAUAAUCAGUGUACACAACAUAUCUAUCAAACGGCUGUGUUAUUCGACAAGCAUCUAGGCAUAUGUGCCAAGUUGUACCUAUGCAUACCAUUUACGUAAGUCGAUCCUCACUGAAAGUAUUGGCAUAAAGAGUCCCUUUUAUGACGUUGAGGUUUUAUCCUCCGCACGUGCCAUAUCUGUUAGCAUCAUGUUUCCUAAUUUCUUAAUUUGAACAAACUUGACGAUUUCCGUUUUUUACACUUGGAGUGGAGUCCUUUUAAGAGACACUAUCACAAAGUAACUCGCAUGUGCCUUCGAAUAUCUAACGACAUUACGCAUGAUCUUAUCAAAGUUAACGGUCAUCUUCGAAUCUAACCACCUGUGAAGGUCCGGGUUAGAAUAUUGAUCUUUAGUAACCUAUGCCUGUCGUAAGAGGCAACUAACGGGAUCAGGUGGUCAGGCUCGCUGACUUGGUUGACACAUGUCAUCGGUUCCCAAUUGCGCAGAUCGAUGCUC